GGGGGAAUUGUAGUUUAUGCGAAUCGUUUUGAUAAUGGUGGCUAUUGAUGUUCAUUCUGAAAAAAAAACUACACCUCCCAGAGUGAAAUCGGGGACUGGGGUUCUGGUUCAACAAAGAAGGCAGCAGCAAAUCUUCAAACACAGAGGGCAUGGGUUAUCCUGAACCUGGUCAUUGCGGAACGUCAUACUGGGGAUUGGUUGAGGCCUAAGGCUUUGGUAAAAAAUUUUGUACACACCGAUAUGGGAGCUUUGUAUUGAAUAUUUUUUAAACGUUUUAAAAAUGGCCCAGUAACAACAAAUUCGGCUAAUAUAUACGCAAACGACUGCAGUGAACAUUAAUUAAACGACACACCAGUUUUAUUUGAAAUAGUCAAAGAAAUGCAUACAAAUAUUUUGUCACAGGCUGCCCGAUGUUCACUCGUAACUUGAAUCUCCUGGGCAGGAGUUGGUUCACCCAAACAGAGGUCUCCCAUAACUGCUGGAGGAGCCCAUACUUGUGUAGCCCUGCAUGGUGGACUGGCCUGCCUCCUUGGAUGCAACAAUCAUACCACAGUGGAUCCCUUUCUAUGAAUUUCAGGCCUCCGGGCCGUAUCUGUGGCUCUGUCUGGAGCAGAUCACCCAGACAGAGAUUUUGUCAGGCGGCACCCUUUCACACUUCCAGUGGUCUCAUGGAGUUUUGGGACAGUGAACCUGAGUUCAAACGGAGAUGCCAGGAUGAGAGACAGGACCCCAGAGAGGCACUCAGAUACAGAGGAUGGAAUUCCUCUUCUUACAGGGCAGACAGCCGAACACGAAACCUCCAUUCAUUUUCUCAGAAUGGACCUGCAGAAUCAGUUACUUCAGGCAACAGUCAAACAACACCAGAGCAAACUAGGAAAAGAGGAGGAACUGUUGGCUACAAAUAUGCAGAACAAAUACAGAGACACUGGGAAUAUUUCUCGCAUUACAAAGAAAAAUCAAGACCGCAUGCAGAAGUGUACAUUGCUGACAGGGAAAAAAAUGAAGAAUUUGACUUUACAGUCAUGUCUUACAACAUCCUUUCUCAACACUUGUUGGAAGAUAAUGCACACUUGUACAAGCACUGCAGACGUCCAAUAUUACACUGGGGACAUCGAUUCCCCAACAUUGAGCAGGAACUCAAACAACAUAAUGCAGAUAUUUUGUGUCUGCAAGAAGUGCAAGAGGAUCACUACGAAACCCAGAUCAAACCAAGUCUAGAAUCCUUAGGUUACCACUGUGAAUACAAGAUGCGGACAGGUAGAAAACCUGAUGGCUGUGCCAUAGGGUUCAAGCAAUCUAAAUUUUCCCUUGUAUCAAGUCACCCGGUUGAGUUUUUCCGUCAUGGCAUCCCCCUAUUAGACAGGGAUAAUGUGGGACUGGUUCUGCUGCUGAAACCCGCAGCUACACAGAGCCCUGCCCCCAGCAUCUGUGUGGCCAACACUCAUCUGCUGUACAACCCCAGACGAGGAGACAUCAAGCUGACCCAGCUGGCAAUGCUGCUGGCAGAGAUCGGACGAGUCUCAGUUCAAGAAGAUGGCAGCUGCUGCCCCAUCAUCCUCUGUGGUGACUUCAACUCCGUGCCAGGUUCACCGCUCUACAGUUUUGUGAAAGAAGGGAAACUGGAUUAUGAAGGACUUCUUAUUAGCAAGAUUUCUGGACAAGAACAGACUCCUCGAGGCCAGCGGAUAUUGUCUGUGCCCCUUUGGCCUAAAAGCCUUGGGAUAUCUCACAGCUGUAAAUAUGAAACUGGAUACCAUAGCAAUACAGACAAAUCCACUGAAGAUACAGAAGACUCUUCUAAUGUGCCUUCAGCUGUCAGUCAAGAUAAAUCUUCCCCUCCAAGUGAAAAGGUUCGGUCAAGUAUUGAGCACCAGUUUAACUUGACCUCAGUUUACUCACAUUACCUGUCAGAAGGCCGGAGGCCAGAGGUUACAACUUGUCACUCCAAGACAGCCACCACUGUGGAUUACAUUUUCUACUCUGCAGCCAAAGAUGAUCUCACAGUACAAGCAGCAGGGGGCAGCACAAUCCACAAUGGCCAGUUGCAGGUUCUUGCCAGGCUUUCUCUUCUCGGUGAAAAUGAAUUGUGGCCUGUUAAUGGACUGCCUAAUGAGCACAACUCCUCUGAUCACCUGCCUUUGCUGGCCAAAUUUAGACUGCUGCACUAACACAAUGAGCGUCAUGCUGUGGGUUUACUUUGUACUUUCCAAACAACCCAAACCAUGCAAACAGUGUAGUGUGUGUUUUAUUUGGGGGGGGGGGGGGGGUUGGUAUUGUUUUCUGAGUUUUUUGUUUGUUUUACUUUUUUACUUUGUACAGUAUUUGUUAUUUUAUUGAAUAUGUUGUGGGUAAUUUUAAAGGUGCACAAAUAUAUAGAGUUGACUUGCUAUACUUUAGCAACAAGUGGUUGACACGCUAUUUUCAAACCUGGUUCUAUGAAUCCAACCUGUAUUUCCAGUAUGUCACUUGGUUUAGAUAGGUAUGUUUAGACAGAAUGUGUUGAUUCCUGUGAUUUUUAAGCUGCACAACAUUAAAUUUUUUUCUUAGUGAUCCUAUGUUUGAAAUUUUAUGUAAUUACCAAUAUUCUAUCAUGUAUCCAAUAACUGCAAUAGGACAGGCAGUUUUAGACAUUAUCGGCGGGUUACACAGACCCAAAUUUAGCAUUAAUCUUGGACUAUCUUACCUAAGGUAACAUUAGGUAGUCCAAGACUAAUGAUAAUCAUGCUUUUUAGGUUAAGAAAUUGUUCAUCUUUGAUUAACUAUCAAGGUAGCCUUCGGUUUGUUUAUGUCUUCAUUGUAGAUGCAUGUGUCUGUUUAACCGCACUGUAAAAAUGUACCGUAAAUACAUUCAUAGGCUAAAUCCCUGUAAAUUAUCCAAUAAGUUUUAUUUAUCAAAACUAUUCAAUCAGAUAGUUAUUGCUACAAAAACUGCUGCUAUUUUGUUUUUUAAAAACAAAAAUAUCAGGGAGUGUAGCUACCACUUUAGAAUGUAUCUUAGUAAAUUCAGGAUUUUUUAAUUUUUUUUAAAGGAUCAUUUUAAUAACAGUUGUCAUUUAAGUGAACCAUAUAUUGAAAUACUAUUUUAUAUAUAUUAAACUCUUAUUUGCAUGUGCAGUUUGUUUGAUCAUUUAGUUUGGUUUUAAAAUGAUAGUGUUUGGUUGAUAGGUAUAUCUUACAGCUUUGUUACCUGUGAAGAUGCUGAAUUUGCUGAAAUGUGCUUUUUUCCCUGAUCCAUGACAGUGCAUUACUGUGCAUUUUAUAUAAAUGAGCAAUGAGCUUACUUUUAAAAAGUGUAAAUUCGGCAUCUGCCGUAGCUAUUGCUACAGAGCUAUAAUGCAUACCCACCAAACAUACUUUAAAACCAGACCACAGAGAUAAAAUUGCUGACCAUGGAAGUAUCAGUAAAAACAAAUUUAAAAAUAUUCUGUGAAGUGUAAAAUCUCUAUUUUAAUGAUCUAAAGCUGGGAUGUUCAACUGCGGUCCACACAGUCCAGGUUUUCUCCAAUCACAUACGACAAAAUUAUGUAUAAUAUGGAUGUAUAAUAAUUAUUUUUAAAGCUUGUUAUGAACUGGAUAAAUGCAACGGACUAACCUUGAGCACAAUAAAGCUGGACUGUUUAACA